CAAUAGGCUCACUUCAUGUUGUGUUGAUAAAAGUAGUGGGAAACAGGACGAGUUUGAGCGGUACAUCGAAAAUGUCUCCUAUAAACGACUUCAGUAUAACUUAUGAAGCUCUCAACGAAGAGGACACCUUUUCCGAAGGAGAUACUAUAACAGGCACGCUCACUUUCACUUUGAAAAAAGAAACCAAAGUGAAGAGCCUUUUCCUGAAAGCCAAAGGGGACGCGAACGUCCACUGGACAGAAGGAAGUGGAGACGACGAGAGAUCCUACAGUGCGCACAGGAGAUACUUCAAACUCAAAGAAAACUUAGUUGCAGGAAAUGAUAAAGGCACAGUACUUUCCCAAGGAGUCCAUUGCUUUAAAUUCAGGUUUCAAAUCCCACAGGGGGACAUGCCGUCAUCCUUCAAGGGGUUUCAUGGAAAGAUUGUCUACAUGCUUGAAGCAAAGAUGUCCAGGAGCUGGCGGUGGCCCACUAAAGUACAAAAAGAGUUCAAAUUUGUGUCAAAGUCCUUUCCACACUCUAGCCAAGUAAUGUGUCCCAACUCUGGUUCAGUGGAUAAAAAGAUGGGGGUUUUCUCCAAAGGACAGGUCGAAAUGUCUGCUACCGUUAACAGAAAUGUUUGCUGUCCAGGUGACACUUUAUCUGUUUUUGCCAAAAUCCACAACUCCUCUUCCAAAAAAAUGAGGCCCAAAUUCAGUUUACAGCAGAAAACUGUGUAUCGCGCCAGUGGCUCCACUAAUACCAGUGACAAAAGUCUAUGCAAAAUGGUUGGGGACACUAUCACACUGAACUCAGAGGAAACUGUCUCCUGCCAAUUGAAGAUUCCUGCCGAUGUCAUCCACACUCUCCAUAAUUGUGAAAUCCUCUCAGUUGACUAUUACCUCAAGGUAUAUUUGGACAUCAAGUUUGCCAUUGAUCCAGAAGUGGUCCUUCCAGUGAUCAUCGUACCUUCUAGCUUUGCUACCCUUCAGCCUGGUGAGGCUGUGGGGCCUUACCCAGCUGGGGCUGUUGGGGGGCCAAGUUACAGCGACUUCCCUCCCCCUGCCUUCCCUGUUGGACCUUAUCCUCUACCCACAGGUCCAGGUGCUUAUGGAUACCCAGCACCAGAUCCCACUCAACCUGCGAACACAACAAGUGGCUAUAAUAAUCAGUGGCCACAACAGGCCGCUCCAUAUGGUUUUCCAACUGCAGCUUUUCCAUCACCUUCAGUGCAGCAUCAAGCCCCUACUGCUCCACCUCUGUUUCAACAGGGAGAAGAACUUCCAACCUAUACGUCCCUUUUCCCCUCUUCUCAUGACACUUUCGGUAGGACUGGGUCAGAUCCCAAAAGCUGAGCUUCAAAAAUAGAAGUUAAGGGCAUUUGAGCAGUAAAGUACAUAUUUGCUGUGAAACUGUAUUCUGUAUUUGUACUAUUGUUUAACAUUUUUUACAGUUACUGUAUGUUGUAUAUGGAAAAUAUUUCAUAUGUACAAAGUGUGUGUGUUCUAAUGUAGAACCAACAUGACCUGUCUUUGCCCCACAUUCAUUUCACUGUGUGUGUGUGUGUGUGGGGGGGGGGAUUUGUUAGAUUAAAUUUAUGUAAAACUUCACUUGCUUACUUUUAAUACAGAUGUUUAUUCAUUAAUGGCAAUGCACAGCAAAUUAUUUUAUACCCUUUAACUUAACUAGUUUUCUUCUCUACUGUAUGCAAGCUUAAAGUUUACCAAGGUGGAAACCAAUGGAUAUGGUUUUCAGUGGUAAACAAAACAUCAAAUGUUUUACACAGAACAAGUUACUGUAGAGUUGCAGACAAAAGGGAACUUUGUUGUUGGCUUUUUGUUGGCUGUGAAAUGUUUAAUUUACUGAAAUAAAAAUAAUAAUAGCUUUA